AUGCUUGACCAAAAUACGUUUGAGAAUUCAAACACUACCGCUGCAACGAAGCUGCCGGCUGCCAAAUCGGUCUCCCUUCACCCCAGAUCCUCCCCCCGUGUGAGCCCUCGGGGCCACCCUGAGUGGGUGGGGGGCAGCCAGCACUUGAAGAACCUGAGCAAGACGGUGGGUGCGAAAGUCAACGACUUGCUACGCAGGAAAGAGACCAGCAACCACAGCAGCUUUGGGGUGACCGAAGUGAAUGAGCGUGCUGGGGCCGCCCUCUCCUGUGGGCAAGGUCAGGACCAGGAGGAAUGGCAGGCUCCCGUCGAUGCCAUUCCGCGGCUCAAUCCGCCCCCGGAGAUUACCAAGAAGCGCACCCCAAGAGCUCUGAAGACCACCCAAGAUAUGUUGAUUGCCUCCCAGCCAUUGGUAGGUAGCGCCGAGGCUUCUUCUCCCGAGGGAAGCCAGGAACACGCAUGCCAGCCUUCCAGGAGAGAGGCAGCGCGGAGCGAAAUGGGUUUGUUGACGCAGGAGGAGGUUGGGACCAGCCACAGCAGGGCCUGUGGGGUGCCUGAUCUCAUCUAUAAGGAGAAUUUGGAGCCUAAACUAAACACUGCUUACAGGAUACCUCCCUCCUCGGAAAAUGUGGCGCUCCAGCUCAGUUUGAGUGCGGGCAAGAGCCCUCCUGAAUGCCAGCUCGAGAGCAACGUGGGCCCCGCAACGGCGGAGGCGUCCACCCUGGAAGCUGAAGGUCACAGUCCAGAUUUGCUGUCGUUUGAGUAG